CGAUCACAAAAGUCAUCACUUUGUUUCACCGAUUCGUCUACCUGAAUGUGGUUAUGCUUAGCAUAUCUCUAGGCUGCUCAUUUGUUUCCAAUCACCAUAAUGGAAUGCUAAUUUUUUAAAUCGUAAUUCCACAAUUCACAAAUUUUAAAACACCAAUGAGCUUUUGCGCAAAAUGCACACACCUCUGACUCAAAUAUUGCACUUGGUUAUAGCAGCGCCGCAGUGGUCGACAACGAGAUCACAAUGUGACUAUUACCCCACCAUCUGCAUUUCCAGAUCAACAUGUGAACGGCUUCACAUUAAUGUACUUUAUACAUUCACUUUAGCUGUGUUACUUACUAACAACGCGUAUGAACGAACGGCGCAGCCUUUAAUGCUCUCAGUCCAGAAAGAACUAUUGGAUCCUCGGAAAGACCGUCAAAUUUGGCUUCUGUUCACCUUCCAUCAGUCCCCGCCUUCCUACAUUCAAAAUUGAACGAGGAAAUCAUAGUUAUAUUAUAAGUAUUAAGAUGAGGACUAGAAUUUUAGAGUGCGUAGCGCCAUGCAGUAUCAUGUGCGAUUUGCGUGAACAAGUCGAGGUCAGCCAUUCGUCGUCGUUGAUCAACGACAUCGACGCGCACGUGCGGCCUAUUUUUGAAAGCAUCCUAUCCUAACCGAUGAUCUCUUAUUCAAAAUAUAAUAAACGUUUAAUAAGAAGAAGUGCUUUUUCCAGACGUACCAAUACACUAUUUCUCACCGAGAGCACUCAUAAUGUUAAGGACUGGAUGCCUUUGAUCCGUGAUUUAUGGCUAUGUUAAUAACGUGGCAUUACGAAUAAUUCAAAGUUGAAAUCUCAAUUACCUUAUAGUCAUUUAUAAUUGUGUAUCAAACGCAUAAUUAACAAAACAAUAGAAUUCCU